AUGGACUCAACUAUACGUAGGAAGGUCAGCGCACGAAAGGAAGCAGCUGGCUUUCGAAUAACCAAGGCCUACCUCUUCAAACAAGGGACGAGUGCGGAAACACAACCCCAGAGUGCAGAGGUACAGAGAAUUGGAGAAUAUGUCAAGUUUAGAAACUACACCGCAGCUACCUGGGCUUCUCCCUCCCCUAAACCUUUCUAUGUCGACAGGUCCCUGACAAUGACCUUUAAGCAUUACGCCUGCAUUAAUGACACUCUACUUGUGAAUCACGACUCGUCAAUGCUGUCGCUUGAUCUCCAAGCCAACGAAUUCAAGCCUCGAAGGAAUGGCAUGGACCCUGAAACGGCGGACCUACAGACGCUCUCAUUCGGAAACCUAAACCCCGCAAGCCUGACGGCGGACACGUAUAAAGUGUUGGCCAGAGUUAGAGGUAUCUGUAUGAAGAUCUCGGAGAUUCUCCUUGAUCAAUCCAUGCGUCAAAAAUUUUCGAGGGGUACCAAGACAAUCGACGACUAUCUCGCCACUUGUUUGACCGUGAAGACAUCCCCGCCAAUACAGGAUAAGCUGUAUUUUCUGGACAAGGUAGACGAUCAUUUCAAAGUCAAUUCGAAGGUGUGGAAAGGGUGUUGUGGGCCACGGGAUAUCGCUCGCUUAAGCUCCGGACAAUGGAUCAACGACCACAUUAUUAAUCACUUCAUUGAUAAAUUUCUCCUGACACCUCACGGAUUGCGACCUGAUAUCCUGGUGUUCAACACGUACUUCUUCACUCAGCAUCUAUUUCAGACACGUGGCCAGCUCGAUGUGAAAUGCAUGCGUCGAUGGACCCCUCUCAAAGUCAUUCGGGAAUGCGGCGCAGACCCAUCAAGCUGGAAGCGUUUCGUUUUCCCCAUCAAUUUCAACAACUGUCAUUGGAAAGCUGCUUGCGUUGAUUUUGAAGCUGGAUCGAUCAUUGUAUACGAUAGCUGGAACACGGCGGAUUGUGGUCGUACCGACAUAGAGCGCGCAGCUGCCUUGCGCGUUCAGCAAAGCCACAAUCGGGAAAUCGUUUGGCUUGCUCAAAGACUCGUAGACGCUUUAUUGUGGGAAAAUAAACAGCCUCCAAUGGUAUGGAGCACCUGGACAUUCCAGCCACACUUUCCGGUUCCCCAAUUUCAAAACAAUAAUUACGAUUGCGGGAUUUUCACGCUGACUUACCUGAUGCAUGUGUAUCAUGGUGACCUGAAACUUAAAGACCACACCAGACUUCCCGCGGGCUGGGAUACAGGCGGUGAUGUAGAUGACAUCCGUCUCUAUCUAGCGUCCGAGCUGGUGAAGGAUGGAAUGUACUAUUCGGUACAGGAUUUGUACUUGGAAAUUUGA